AUGCUCGCCAAGACCUUCCUCUUACUGGCCUCCCUGGCUCUCGUCUCGGCCGCCCCCGCAAGGAGACAGGCCGGCUCCGGCUGCGGCUCCAAGCCUCCCCCGAUCCUCCCCGUCAACGGCAAUGGCGUCGAGCUUCCCCCAGUCGCGGCGGGCCUCGUCCUAAAGCACCUCGCCCUCGGCCACGGCAUUCAAAACUACACCUGCGCCACGACGAACGCUACCGGCGCGACGACCCUUGCCGCCACCGCCACCGGUGCCCUCGCCGCCCUCUACGACGCCGCGCCCCUCUACCCGAACGCCGGCGCCGGAGCCCUCCCCUCCGUCGAGCUCUUCAACGGCCUCACCACCAACGCCCUCUGGGGUUCCCCGCUGCCCCUCGUCUCUGACGGCACUACCCGCUUCGGCGCCUCCGCCUCCUGCCCCUUCCCCGCCCCAGCAGACCUCGCCCUCCCGAGCAUCGCGCCCCUCAAGCAGAUCGGCGUCCACUUCUUCGACGCCGCCAGCGUGCCCACCUUCGAGGUCGGCGCGGACCUCUUCAAGGGCGGCAAGCUCAACGGCACAAAGGCCCCCUCGGCCGCCGACGUCGGGCCUGAGAAGACGGGCGCCGUCGACUGGCUUCUGCUGGGCGACAAGGGCGCCAGCAGAGGCGUCACCGCCGUCUACCGCGUCGUCACUGCCGGCGGCGUCGCUCACCAGUGCACCACCGUCGGCGCCACCGACAGCGUGCCCUACGCGGCCUACUACUGGUUCUUCGGCCCCAGCGCUUGA